AUGGUUGCUCGAAUCGUUGAUGAAACAAACCUGUACUCUACAUAUGAUGUGAACAGAGGCUCAAUAUCAACAUGCCCUGAAGAAAUUGAACAUUUUCUUGGCAUUCUUUUACAAAUGUGUAUUGUACAAAUGCCAAGAUACCGAAUGUAUUGGCAGUCAUCCACAAGAUAUGAACAAGUGGCAAAUAUUAUGAGUAGAGAUCGCUUUGAGCUCAUCAAAAGGUUUCUUCACUUUGAAGAUAAUUCAAAUGCCCCAGACCCUAAGGAUCCCAAUAAAGAUAAGCUCUUCAAGGUGAGAAAGCUGUUUGAGAUGCUGAGGCAGAAUUGCUUGAAGGUGAAGCCUGAAGAGCAUAACUCUGUUGAUGAACAAAUAAUUCCAUUUAAAGGAACAAUCAGUGUUUGCCGGUAUUUACCAAAAAAGCCAAUGAAAUGGGGCUAUAAAGUAUUGUCAAGGAAUGGAGUCAGUGGAUUCUGUUAUGAUUUCAUUCUAGAUGGUGCACCAGAUCCUAGCAGAGAAGAAUUUGAUAGCAUCGGUUUUGUAUCCGGAGAUAUUGUGUUGAGACUCUGCUCUACCCUGCCAAGCCAAAUGAGCUACAAAGCCUAUUUUGACAAUUAUUUUACAUUCUUGGAAUUCUUGCAGAAAUUGAAAGAGUGGGGAAUAUGGGCUGUGGGAACAAUGAGGCAAGACCGCAUGAGAGGAUGUGAGUUGCAAGAAGAGAAGGUAUUGAAAAAGGAAGGAAAGGGCCUUUGA